AUGUCACCCCUCACCGGCCCGGGUAUAUCCCUUACCUUCCCCAAAGACGUACCAAACACAACAUCGUCAAACCCUCACAGCAAGAAGACUGCAAUACAUUACAAGGCCGCCAACCCCGCCUACAACAAACAGCAUCUCAUUGUCCGCCCAAUUGACGAUUUAGCGCAAAUGAAAGAAGAGGAAGAAGCAAAAGAUUCACAAAACGACGUCCGAGUUUACAAAGAAGUUCAGAUUUACGGAAAAGAAAGAAGUGACACUGCCCCAGCGUCAGCCGUCCUCCUCGCUCUCAUGCAACCCACACCCUCGAGCGCCGCAGACCUAGAUGCCUGGUACCGCCAAGAGCACAACGCGCAAAUGUCCAAAGAACCCGGAUGGCUGCGUACAUGCCGAUACGAAUUAGUGUCUCAAUCCAGCGACAACGCAGAGGCGAAGCUGACGUUUUUGGCAAUGCAUGAGUUUGGCGAGGGGGAGCAGUUGGGGGAUACGGUUAAAGCGCUGCAGCCUUGCAAUACCAAGUCUAUGAAGCAUCGGCACUACAAAGACAAUUAUUACCCGAAUCGAUACGUGUUCAAGUACUGGGCAGACCAGGAAUCUGAACCUCGCGGGUGCCCGGCAACGCUAUCUGGCGGGUGGGCCUGCGUCCAAUACGAGUAA